GUCUCGCAAACGAUAUGCAAGGGGACAUGCUGAAAUACUACUCUAGAAAUCAAUUCUUUUUGUCGCAGUUGGGCAUUUGGCCUUAUCAACCUAGAGUGAUAAAGAUAUUGUUACCGUAUUUCUUAGUAGCCGCCGAGAUGUCUGUUCUUGCAACUCAGGUGCUUCUUCUGCUUAAUAACUGGGGUGACUUAAGUAUGACUAUCGAUGGUAUAGUUACCUCUAUUCUUCUUGUUGGUGCGUCUAUAAAAUUACUUAACAUUGUUAUAAAUAACAAAAAGUUGCAAUAUUUAUUACAACUAAUGGAUGAACAUUGGCGAUUGUUUCAUAGCGAAUGUGAGCUUCAUAUUUUAAGGCAUUAUGCUAACAUUGGUGAAAAAGUGACAAAAUAUUAUGCGGUGUAUAUUAACGUAUUCGUAGUAAUGUUUAUGUCAAUACCGGUAAUACCAAAAAUUCUAGAUAUCAUAAUACCGUUGAAUGAAUCGCGGCCAACUAUACAUGUGCUUGAGGGAGAAUGGGGAGUAGAUAAAGAAAAAUAUUAUUUACCAAUAUUGUUGCAUUGCUAUCUUGCAGCUAUAAUUAGUACUAGAUGUAUGGUAAACGUUGAUACCAUGUAUAUAGUGUGUGUGUUACACGGUUGUAGUUUAUUUAACGCUGUCAGUAUCCGUGUUGAAAAUAUUUUCGAUACGACUAAACUUGCGGAAGGUGAGAAAAUAAUGAGCAAAGAACACGUAGUAAUAAAAAAGCACGAUUCCGAAGAUUAUCGGGAGAUGAUUGCAUGUUUAAAAAAACAUCAACUCGCAAUAAAAUACACUCAUGUAUUAGACUCUACAUUCAAAAGUGCGAUGUUUCUCAUCUUGUCUUUGAACGUAAUGAUUCUGAGUUUGAUUGGAUUACAACUUAUCAAUAAGAUCGGACAAACUCAGGAAGUGAUACGAUUUGGAUGCGUAGCUAUAGGAUCAGUCACUCAUCUUUUGAGCAUAUGUUUACCCGGACAACUACUCCUGGAUAGAAGUAUACAAGUAUUCGAUAAGGCGUACAGUGCGCGAUGGUACAUGUUCUCGCUUAAAACAACAAAAUUAUUGAGUAUCCUCCUUCAUAGAAGUCUUGUGCCUUGCACAUUGUCGGCUGCAAAUAUGUUUAUUAUGUCAAUGACUUUAUUUAGCUCGGUCAUGCAAACAGCCAUGUCAUACUUUACGACCUUUUUAUCAGUCAGCUAG